AUGGCGUGGCCCUGCAUCAGCCGCCUGUGCUGCCUGGCGCGGCGCUGGAACCAGCUGGACCGCUCCGACGUGGCGGUGCCGCUGACCCUGCACAGCUACUCGGACCUCGAGAGCGAGGAGCCGGGCCCGGGCGGCGCCGCCUCGCGCAGGGGCGCGUCCCCCGCAGGCGCGCGGGCCCCGGGCCGGGCCGUGCCGCUCACGCAGUACCAGCGGGACUUCGGCGUGUGGACGGCGCCCGCGGGCCCCAGAGAUGCGCGGCCGGGGCGCGGGCCGGGGGGGGGCGGGGGCCGGCGGGGCAAGCCCCCGGCGCGGCGGGGCGGCGGGGUCUACGUGCUCCCCGUGCUCCCCGUCGGCGACGCGGACGCGCCUGCCGCGGCCACCACGUCCUACAGGCAGGAAUUCCAGGCCUGGACUGCAGUGAAGCCAUCGAGACCCACAAAGGCGAAACCCGCCACCGUCAUCACAACCCAUUCCUCCAGAUGGGACAGCAACCCUGGGGCCAGCUUCCAGGUCCCCGAGGUGAGAAAGAAGUUUGCUCCUAACCCCUCUGCCAUCUUUCAGGCGUCAGCUCCGCGGAUCCUCAAUGUGUGACAGCCACGAAGAGGGGAGACUGCCGGGGGUUGGGGUGAGAUCAGGGAGGUUCCCUGCCGCCAGAGGGCCCUUCGCUCUCUGAGGGCUCCUCUCCUAGCUGCACGGGGCCUGGCGCAGCAGGGGCAGAUGGACGCGCACCACCCUGCUCGACUCCCCGCCCCACCGUCCACUUCUUCCUCGAGGAGCGUGUGGAGGCUUCGGAUCGCUUUUGGAAUUGCGCUCUGGCCACCUCUCAAGUUUUUAAGGCUGAAGAACCCGGAGAGGAAUUCUGCUGUAAACUGUACAGGUGCAUCGGGGCUGAACAUGGACUAACAGGCCCUUGGAAGAAGCAGUGAUGUCCACUUUGUUGUUCUCCCGGGCUGCAUGAUGAGUGUGUGACCCGCCCAAGACCAUGUCCUUGGACACACACGGCCCCACACGUCUAUGUUCAAGAAACCUUAGGUUCUCACCUGCAUGUGACUCAAGAUGCUGAGCAGGAGGAAGAAGUGUCCCAAGGAAACAGUGAUGUCAGCCGUAGGUUUCCAUUUCAGAGACACCUGAUGGUCAAAAUGACCUGUUUUAACAUGUCCCCUGGGGUGAGCGCUGCAAGUACUGAGUGCAUGGGUGAGGUUACCUCGGUGGGUGUUGAAGUCCCCAUUUUAUUACUAAUUCCAGCUCCCCACCCCCAGCAUACAGAUGACUGGAAGGGAGCUCCCAGGCCCCCUGGCUAAGAAUUGGGAGUGUAUUUUGGAAGGUGGCAUUUGCCUCAUUCCCUGAAAGAUCUUAAAACGUCCUGUAUACCACCCUGCCUGGGCUGCACCCUGCCUGUUCCGGAACCUCGCUGCCCGCCGUGGUAGCACAACCCACUUGUCUUUGGAAAGCUUUCUCCACUUUCUCGAUCAAUUCCGGCCAGUGGGGGGGGGGUCUGUGGAACAAGCCUGGUCACCACUCUGCACAGGGCCCUUCAAACAGUUGAGUUUCUGUCCCUUUUUACAAAUCAGAGGCACAGGUCUAGGCAGUUUUUGAUCAGGUCAUUCCAGUAUCUCUCUGGAUCCUUCUCGCUCGCUUGCAACUCACAGUCACAGUGGCUCCUGCCUGGUGAGAACAAAGGGGCCUCUUGGCUUCAGACCCACUUAAGGUGGCAGGGCCACAUUUCCAGCUCAGGCUGCAAAGGGGGCGCCCCCUCAGAGGUGCUAGCACUGUAGACAGACCUUCCCUCAUUCUGGCAAAGAAAAUGCUCUGAGAAUAAUUUAAAGGAAAACAAAAACCAUAUGCUUACACAAAGGUUCUAUUAUUUCAGAUGUCCCUGGUUUGCAUGUUAGAUGUUUCUGAGGGAAGAGAGGCUGCCUGCUGGGCAUUCCGUGGGAAAUGAACAGAUUAACGGUACAAGCUCAGAUUUUACUAAAAUGCAAAAAUGUACUAUUUCAAUUUGUUAACUUAUUUCCUUAAAUUAACUAUAAACACGAGCGCCUUCUCCUACGUCUUCCUUUAUCCUGUCUCUUGGUAACGAGGAUUAACUGUGUCAUGGCUGCUGCUCGCAUCCCUUGGAGGCGCGGAAGUCCUGACUCUGGGCUGCAGCUCACAUGGUGUUCCCGGGCGCAUCUCCCCCUUUCCUCCCCUACAGCAAAGGGGCUGUGUUGGAAGGUAGUCGGGCUCAGGUCCCUCCUCCCUCACUAGCCGUGUGCAGGCUGAGCUUCCAUUUCUCCUCGGCAAAGUGAGGGUGACACCCCCCCGCCCCCCACGCCCCUGAGAGGAUUCACGCUUCUGUGCUGGCUGCCACGCGCCCUUAAAAUUACCCUCCCCACCCGGCCCGCCUGCCCGGCCCAGGGGACAGGGGACAGGCUCUCUUCUCCUCUGAGCACUGCUCCAUCUGCGGUCGCUCUCAGCAGGCCCGCAUCACACCGCAUGGUGGGCAGCAACCUUCCCUGGAUGGCACACGAGGUGCCAACCCAGUCAUAACCUUCCUUGGUAGAUUUCAUUACCUCCUGGGAAAGCCGAGUUCUGAAGAAACCACCUUUCCUCUCUCUCGAGAGCUUAAUAACGCUUCCAUCGUGUUAUUGGCCUUAAGAAACAGCUGAGACAAGCCUCAGCCUUGAGGUCCCAGCCCAUACACGGCACGUGUGUGACACGCGCAAGGACAUGCCCGGGAAUACUGACGGCGGUGAGCUUUGAGAAGGGAAUUACGGGUAGUUUAAGGUUUUACACCUUACUAUAUUUGAUAAAGUUCCUAUAUAAUAAACAUUUUUGUAUUAAUUUUGUAAAGAGAAGUUUUUAAAAAAUAAAAAGCAGUUUAAUCUGUUCACUGAUUUCAGUCAAAAGAAAGUACAGUGUUGUUCUGUAACCAGAGUCAGCACUGCCCGUAGCUGCCUCCCUCAGCCACGGCGCUGUACUCGGACGCACGCCGUCCCUUCCCUGGGGUGACCUGUAGUCAUUCAGACUCAAGUACCAGUACUGUGUGCUGCAGUGCACAGCUCCAGUGUGUCAGGCCAAACUCCAAAAUGUUUUUUGGGGAAACCCCAUCCCUGCAGCCCCUCCCGAGCAGAUGGGGUUACUUUCCCUCCAAACAGGACCCACUCACAAUGCCCGACUCUGAUAACUGCCCAUUCUGGGGCUCCUGUCAAAACCCCGGCUGAGACAAUUAACAUUCAGGAGAGGGGUCUACACAACGCCGCCGCUCUUUCUUCCAAACUCAACUCCCUACAGGCUGACACGAAGUGGAGUUGGGUCCCGAGGCAGUUACUUGGGUGGUAGCUCAGUUCCUUCUCCUUGCAAAAAUUCUUGCCUUUCAUGAGUCAAAAGCCUUCAAAGCUGUUAGCUCUCAUGAAGGGCUGAUGUAAAAAGCAGUCACUUCUGAAAUGCUUCUAAUUUUUCAGCCACUGUGACAGCAGAUGGUCACAGCAGGACUGUCACGGGAGUCCUUCCUUGGGACAUCAGCACCGACCACUUCUAUUCUGGAGAGAAACCAGCAUGCUGCUCUAUUGGCAGAAGCUAUCUCCCACCUUGCUGGGCUUUGAAGCAGCUCUGUGCUCAACUAUGUGGUUCCUUGGUCUCAAGGGGUCCGAAACCAUGUUCAGGGUCAGCUUGUAUUUUCCAAAUUUUUUUUAGACUUUUAUGUAAAGUAAUCCUUAUGUAACUGUCAUCUUGUGCAGCUACAAAUUCUUUUUGGAAAGAAGUAGAAUCAAUUUAUAUAUACAAAUAAAUAUUAUGCCUUUGUCCCAUGCCAGUUCUUUUUGGCCUAAUGAGGAACCCCACCAGAGUGUGGUGCUUCAAAGUCUGCAAAACACAUCACAAAUACUAAAAGGUUUAUUGUAGAUAUUUUUGUUACACAGUUAUGUUACACAUUAUGAUACAAAUACAUCUGAAACAUUAACACAUAUGGGGAUUGUUAAAUCAUUUAAUAUUUCUUUUGCAAAAAGAUAAUUUCUUUUAAGCGUUCAUACCUGUAAAUAAGUGAAUCUGUUGUCACUUGGACUGAAUCUUCCAUCCUGUAGAUCUGUCACAGUCCACUGCUGAAUGAAUCUAUACACUAUUAACCUCGCUUGCAGAAGUUCCAUCUAGAAUAUCUGAGCCUUUGCAUACGAUAUGGUUUUACUACAAAGCCAGGGCAUGCCCUACGCCUUACCAAAUACUUUCUUCUGUGUUUGCAACCCACAGAUGCUGAAUAAAGAAAAGGCAGAUUUCUCAUAUCACCUCCCUGACUACUUUUCCUGACUCAAACUUCUGAAGGACACGUAAAGAACAUGAAUUAUGCUGCUUGGAUAAGUUUCUCUAUGACUCAUAGGUUUCAAAGUUUCUUUGAGCAGAUUCCUAACUGAGUGUGUCUUCUUUCUUCCACACAGACUAUGUUAUGAGACUUGGUACAGAGUAUCUUUAAUGAAAUUGGACAUCACAUGGGCACUGCUAACCAUCCUGUGUUUAUUCACUUCUCCUUCCCACGGAGAGGGUCUCUGGUUAUGAACACAAUCCACUGUCACUGUCAUUGCUUCUGAGCACCGACAUCCCUGUCUCUUGGCUUCAGCAGUUAUCUCUCUACCUUUAAGGCACUCACAAGUGUUUCUUUGAAACACUUUUCUUGGGAAAAACUUGACAAAGAACAGGACACUAAGUCCACUGGUGGGACAAAUAAUCCCAGCAGAGCCUGUCCCAGAGGCUGCUCCCCAAUGGCCACUCAGCAUGGAUU